AUGAUGUCUUCAGCGAAUGGUACAACCGAUGGACAAACUGGGAGUCAGUUUGCGUUGAAGUCGAAGAAUGACAAAUUGAUCUAUAAGUACAUUGUCUUAAACAAUGGUCUGAAAGCCAUACUCGUGUCCGACCCCACGUUCACCGCCGUUACGGACACAACAGAUACCAAGUCUGUGUCCAGUGAUUUGAGUGAUAACUCGGACUCUGAGAGCAAUUCCGAUGACUUGACGGAUGUGUCCUCUUGUGAUGAGAAGGAGGAACCGAUUGCACCGAAUCUGAUCCGUCGCCACAAACGGAAAUCCAAUUCCAACGAGAAGUUCGCGGCGAUGGCUGUUGUCGUGCGCACCGGUAGUUUCGCCGACCCUAAAGAGAUUCAAGGUUUGGCACAUCUCGUCGAACACGUGAUUACAAUGGGUUCGGAAGAGUUUCCCGAAGAGAAUGGUUUGGACGACUACCUGACCAGUCGGGGCGGGUAUCAGAACGCGCACACGGAGUACGAGUACACGAUGUUUGAGAUAGAGGUUCAUCGGAAGCACUUCUUCGGCGCUCUCCAACGACUCGCACAUUGUUUUAUACAUCCCUUACUGCGUCCCGAAUCUAUUGAUCGUGAGAUAAAACCGGUGGACACGGAGUACAUGUCAGCCCUUCCGGACGAUGACGUGCGCUUAGAGCAGAUAUUUAACGGGUUGGCCAAUGAGGGCCACCCUUUCAAUGCCUUCCCCUGGGGUAACGCUCUGUCGCUGAAGACAAUUCCCGAACAGAACGGAACGGAAACUCAAAAAUAUGUCAAAGAAUUUGUCGAUAAGUAUUACACUUCGGAUAAUAUUCAUGUCGUGGUUCAGUCCCAAGAGUCCAUUGAAAUACUGGAACAAUGGGUGACUGAACUCUUCUCUAGAGUCAAGCCAUCGGUGGCUAACAAUGAGAUUAAGAAUUCACAACAAGUGAACAUAAAAUAUGACAAACCUUUCGAUAAUAACCCAAACUUUAAUAAACUAUAUUUCGUGGAACCGGUCAAUGAAAUCGAUCAGAUCUUCUUCUACUGGUAUUUGGGGAAUAAGAACAUCGAUAGAGUAGUGGAGUAUGUCUUCGAAUACCUCAAUGUCUUGCAGAGAGUGGGACCUCAGGAGUGGUUCUUCGAUGAGAUGAAGCGAAUCGAGAGGAAUGCGUUCGACUGGCAGGAGGAACAGACGGCCAUUAAUUAUGUGAAGAAGUUGGCCAACAAUUGGAAUCACUUGCCCACUCAAUAUGUCUUGUGUGGCAAUAAGUACUUCGAUUUCGACAAAGAACUCAUCCAGAGUUACCUCAAUCUCCUGACGCCAAACAACGCCUCAUUCGUGCGUUUGUUGACAAAUGUGUUGAAAGACCGCAAAGAUAUCAGAGUUGAGAACUGGUUUGGGACCAAAUAUGCGGUCAACGAAGUGCCACCAAAAUGGUUAGCUUUUAAGAGCUAUUCAUCGACUCGUUUCCAAUUCCCAAACCCCAACCCAUACAUUGCAACCGAUUUUGAGAUCAAGAAAGUCAGUGGUUGUGAUGGGAAACCCUUACAUCCAACCAAAGUGUUGGAUAAAAAGAGAGUAAAGCUAUGGUAUAAAUCGGAUAAUAAGUUCAAACUUCCGAAAGCAGUGUUGAAACUGCAUCUCAUAUCUCCAUAUUUUGGUGAUUCCGUUGAGAGCGCUAUAAUGAUUGAUCUCUUUGUCGAGAUUCUGAUGCAAAACCUGAGCGAAGAGGUAUACGACGCCUCUUUGGCCGGUCUUUACUGGAGUUUAUCGCAGACGACCGCAGGUCUAGUGAUAACAGUCUCCGGAUUUAACCACAAACUCAAUCUCUUACUCGAAUGUAUUCUAAACAAAAUGAUUAACUUUUUCGUCGAGGACAAAGUGUUUGAUGACAUGAAGAAACACUUGUCCAAAGAAUACCACAACUCAUUCAUAGACGCCAAUAAUCUGAAUAUGUCUCUACGGCUAACGAUUUUAAGCCAAAAGUACUUCCAUUUCGUGGACCGAAGAGAUGUUCUCAACUCUAUUAACAAACAAACUCUUGAAACGUUUGUUUCGAAAUAUUUCUCUAAUUUCUAUAUCGAAAGCUUAAUUCAAGGAAAUAUGACUCGAGAAGAAUCGGUUGCUUUAAUGACCGAAAUAGAGAGCAGAUUAGGUCUGGACUCACAUAUUGAAAGCCUGGAAGAGCCCAAACUGAUGACGGCUCAGAUCCCACCGGGAAAUGGCUUCUGUCGAGUGGUGUCUCUGUCGCCAACCAAUCGGAACUCUUCGGUCACUAAUUAUUACCAAUUAAUUCCAGCCAACAUUCGGCUGCAGUGUAUGCUAUCAGUGCUGUCGUCCCUCAUGGAAGAGCCCUGUUUUAACAUAUUGCGGACCAAAGAGGGUUUGGGUUAUUACGUGUCGGCCACUGAUUACGACACGUAUGGCAUCAGUGGCUUUGGAGUGACGGUCGUCUCGUCUGGCAAUGAGUUUGACUGCAGUUUCGUUGACCAGAGAAUCGAGAAUUUCAUUAAACAAAUGAUUGACAUCAUAACCAAAAUGGAUGGCAAUAAAUUCAAAGAACACAUCCACUCGAUUAUCACAUCGAAAAAGGUUCCCGAUCUUAAACUCGGCGAUGAAUUCAAUCGCAAUUGGAAUGAAAUUAUUUCUUUCAACUAUUGUUUCGAUCGAUUGGAUAAAGAGGUUAAGUGUUUAGAAAAGAUCACAUUCGAUGAGUUCAAGGAGUGGUCGUGCAAUCAAAUCCUCGCAAACAAAACAACUAACAAACGAAAGCUUAGUAUUCAGAUUGUGGGUUACGGCAAGAAAUCAUUGGCUGAAUGUCUGACUUUUGACGGCAAAACUUUGGACCUCAAGAAA